UUUAUUUUGCUACAGACAGCCUGCUUCAAACGAAUAAAACGGGUCCGCCGAACUCUCUCAAUUGAAAACAUAAUUAUUCAAUAAUAAUUGUAAUUUCUAAAUACCUAAUAACUUUGACAUUUGUCAUAAAAAAUUAAUGUUAAAGUAAUUAAACCAAAAAAAAACACAGUGGAGCGCGGUUUGACAAAAAACAUAAUCAAUUCGAAGAAAAAAGUGUGGUGUAAAUCUAUUUUGUUAUUUACAUCAGUUUGUAAAACGCUUUUUCCUGAAUCGCGGUCUUGUUUUACACAGCGGCAAUUGCCGCUAAAUUGCGCGUGUGUUUGUGUGUUUGAUUGAGUGCGCUCGCGUGUGUGCGUUGGUUUUAUUUGGCAGUGGUUGCCACGCCCCGUCCGCCCAAAAGAAAAUUCGUGAAACGCAACAAUAAGUUGCAACUCGCCACAAGGUUAAAGGACGCAUCAUCAGUUGUUGUCGAGGUCAACCAAACGUCAUCUACAGGUCCCCAAAGGAGAAGCUACUGCAGAGCGAAAGAGAAAGAUGUCCACCGCGUUUUUAACACUUAUUGCCGUCAUUGUGUGCAUUCUAUUUCGCAUUCUCAAUGUGCACAGUCAACCGCUUAAGCCCAGUGUUUGGUGUCUGGAUGAACAGUUUCUAGAUUGCUUGUAUAAAAUUGCGCCGGUGCUGCGAGAGCCCUAUGUUCCGCCGAGACUGUGGGGUUUCAGUGGCCAUGUGCAGACCGUCUUGCAUAGCAUUGUGGGUCGUGUCCGUUGCCCCUGGCCUUUGGGUGAACGUGUCUAUCUUUCGUUGGGCGAUGGCUCCACGUUAACCUACGAUUUGUAUCAGCCCCUCAAGGAGCAGGAGGAUGACAUUACUGUGGCCAUUUGCCCGGGCAUUGCGAAUAGCUCGGAAUCGGUUUAUAUUCGCACUUUUGUGCACCUGGCCCAGUGCAAUGGUUAUCGCUGUGCCGUCAUGAAUCACAUUGGAGCACUGCGAACCGUUCAGGUGACCUCGACACGCAUCUUUACCUAUGGACACACUGAUGAUUUCGCUGCCAUGGUCGAGCAUCUGCAUCAGAAGUAUCAACAGAGUCGUAUGGUUGCCGUUGGCUUCAGUUUGGGUGGCAAUCUGGUUACCAAAUACAUGGGUGAAGAACAGAAGACUAAGCCGAAUAGCGUCAUUGGAGGCAUCUCCAUAUGCCAGGGGUACAAUGCUGUCGAGGGCACUAAAUGGCUGCUCAACUGGCAGAACUUCCGCCGAUUCUAUUUGUACAUCAUGACGGAGAAUGUGAAGAGCAUUAUACUGCGACAUCGUCAUGUGUUGCUCUCCGACGAGGUGAAGGCACGUCACAACCUCAACGAACGUGAGAUUAUUGCUGCCGCCACAUUGCCGGAACUCGAUGAGGCUUACACUCGGCGUGUUUACAACUUUUCAUCAACCCAAGAGCUGUACAAAUGGAGUUCGUCGCUCUUUUAUUUCGAUACUAUUGAGAAACCCAUGAUAUUUAUUAAUGCCAAGGAUGAUCCAUUGGUGCCCGUUGAUUUGCUGCAUCCCAUCAAGGAGUAUGCAACUACCCGCGUUAAGUCCGCCUAUGUGGAGGUGGCUCACGGCGGACAUUUGGGCUUCUAUGAGGGCGGAUUUUUCUACCCGAACCCAGUUACCUGGUUAGAUCGCACACUUGUUGCCAUGGUUGGAUCGCUGGUGAUGAUGCAUGCCGGUGGCAGUAAAGUGGCGACAUAAGGAGGCUACUUUCACAUGCUCUCUCUCUCACACUGAAUAUGAACUAUUAAUGCCGCAGACCUAUAUAAAAUUGAAAGAAAUGAAAUUGCUUUUUAUUUUUGCCAAAAUUCCAAGUUGCUGUCAAAACAAAAGAAUCUUAUACGAAUUAGAACACAAAAUACAUACAUAUAAAACUCGAUAUAUAUCAUAA